AUGGCAACCCAAAACCAAGACCGCCUCCGUUCACACUUCUCCUCAGCUCCCGAUGCAGAGCACAACAACCGCUGGGACGAUCUCUGGAGAGAGUCUACGUUCCUGCCUUGGGACCGUGGUCACGCAAAUCCUGCGCUAAUUGAUCUGCUCCGGGAACGUGGUCGCCCGCUCUCCUCACCGGACCCCAAUCCCUCCCUCGGUGCACCGCCACCAAACAGCGAAUCGGCGGGCUACGCUUCUCUCGCUGGGCCAUUGAAGGAUGACGGGAAAAGGAGGAGAGUGCUUGUGCCAGGGUGUGGGAAAGGAUAUGACGUAGCACUAUUUGCGGCAUAUGGCUAUGACGCUUAUGGGCUGGAAGUGUCCUCGCAUGCUGCUGACGCUGCGAGAAAGUACCUAGAGGAACCCAGAAAGGGGCCGUUGGAAGGAGAGUAUGCAGUCAUGGACGAGAAGAUCGGAAGGGGCGCGAUGAGAGUUGUGUGUGGGGAUUAUUUCAAAGACGGCUGGUUAGGAGAUGUGGAAGGCUGGGAAAGCGAUGAGGGGUUUGACAUCAUCUACGAUAACACGUUUCUUUGCGCACUCCCUCCCUCUCUGAGACCAAAAUGGGCAUCUCGUACCACCACGCUCCUCCGCCGCCCCUCACCAAACACCACUUCUACUGGCGGUGUGCUCAUCUGUCUUGAAUUCCCCACACACAAGCCCGCAUCUUCUGGCGGACCUCCGUGGUCGCUUCCUCCACUUGUACACAGUGAGCUGCUCAAACGACCGGGUCAGGAUAUCUCGUAUGACGACCAAGGGGUCGUAACCAAAACAGAUCGAGAGGAGACAGAGAACGCGCUGGUCAAGAUUGCGCACUACACCCCCAAGCGGACCCACGAGAUUGGCGUCAUCAAGGGCCUCGUAAGAGACUGCGUGAGUAUGUGGCGGCACAAGGCGGAUUGUCCGGAUGAUCAGAAAUGGCACUGA